ACACCAUUUAAAAAAAUAAUUAAAACCGAAAAACGCAAAUUAAAAAAAAUAUCAACAAUUUAACCAUAAAACGAAUGAUUCAAAAACAAACCAAAAAAAAUAUGUUAUACAAAAAAUUUUAGGAAAGGAUGUCAUCGGUGCCUGGUCAUUUAUGAGAAACACAACAAUGUGUUGCAGUAUAAAGAAAGUGAGUGCGAAGGUGAUAGUAUGUAUAUGCAUCAAACAAAUCCAUCUGCAAUGGCGAUGCGUAGCGUUUUAAAUCAAAAAACCAACAAUAAUGGUGGUGAUCAUAGGGGGGGAGCUCAUCCCAAUUUGAACGGGCAUUCAAGACUAUCCUCAUCGGAUCAAUAUAUAAUGAGAUCCAAUGAUGAUAUGAAUGAUUGUCCCCCAGACUUUUGCAAGGGUCGUGAAACGUUACAGAAUCUGUGUGAUCAAAUACCGGGAGAUGCUUUACUUUACUCUUUAUUUAGAGAAAGUGCUGAACCAGUUAAAUGUCCUCUCAAAGGUCCCUUUAUCUUCACUUAUAAUCGAGGCAAUGGCGAAUGUAAAAGUCCUGUUUCUAAUAUUGAAAGCUGCACCGAAGACAGUCGUUUGUUAUUAAGUUUUCAGGCCUGUCCAGAUGUGGUGGGGACAGAAAGUACAGUGGAGGAACUCACUUGUCUGGCCACUUGGAAAGAUGGUAAUUCACGUUAUCUGGUGGGUUUAGUAUCUCACCAUCAUGCCAUAUCAAAUGAGGAGCGUUAUCGUUGCUUUGUCUAUGAGAAAAUAUCCUCCUUAAUGGAUCUAGGGCACUAUGCUGGACCCAGUGUAUCGACGUCAAAAGAUGCCGAAUACAAAUUGGCACAAUCGGGAGAUGCUACAUGUAAUGGACUGGAUAGUGCAGAGGUCGGUUCUCGUAUAAUGUCUUUGCGUAAACCGCCGAUCACCGAAAGAUGUGAUUUUCCCGUGUGGUUUAAAGGUCCCCGACAUUGGCAUGUAUUAAUGGGAAAUGCGGUCUAUAAUUACCAUACAAAUGAUGGUUCCAUUCAUAUAAUCAAACCCAAUGGCUAUAUGGAAACUCGAGCAUUGUGUGAACAAAUCAAUAAGCAAACCUCAACGGAAAUGAUGUCGGUAGUACAUUAUACCACAGGCUGUCAAUCUGGUUUUAUGUGCAUGAUGUUCUAUCGUCGUGAUACUCAUGUCAUUGAAAUACAAACGGGUAAACCAGCCUCUAGAUUAGAAGAUGCUUGUGCUCCAGAUCAUUUUGAUAUCAAUAAAACUCCCUAUAUUACAUUACUGGCCUCCAAUCCAGAUCCUCAAAUUUGUCCCAUGGAAGGUUUAUAUACUUUAAGAGGUGCCAUAGGACCCCCUUACUUGGCCACCAGACACAAACGUAAUCACAACAAGGUACAUGGCCUACACAAUCAUCAUCAUCAGUAUGAAGGCAAUAACGGCAGGGAAUAUUUACAUAAAAGACACAGUUCCCUUAGUUUCCGCAAUUCUCAGCAUGAUGAAAAGAAUGCCUGGCAUUCAAAUACUCGUGGUCUUCCUAUACGUUCUCGCCGUGAUGCUUCUAGCACAGUUACCCCUUUGGCCACCUUAAACACGAAUCAAACUACCCAAAAAAUUUUGGUGGUGGGCAAUAAUACAAAUGUUGGUUUCGUUCAGAAUCCUAUUAGUGAUACUCGCCUUAGGAGUAGACGUAAUGUUCCUGAAUGUGUUACAAACUAUAAGGCUCAACGUCAAUUGUGGGUGGGCUGUACGGAGGCAAAUGUUAUUGAUGUACGACCGUUGUGUAAUGAUGAGGGUGAUGAAGAAUAUUCCUGUCAUGGUUCUUGGUCCGAGAAUGGUACUGUCUAUAUAAUUGCCAGACAUAAAGGUACUAAACAUGGUGUUUGUAUCAGCUACCGACCGACAGAGGGCACUUCAGCGAAACUAGUAGUAGGAGAUGCCUGCUAUCGAGGUACACAAAAACCACCGGAACAUCAUUUGGUGGCCAAUUUAUCUAUAUUUGGUAAAUGCGGUGAAACCGGUUCCAACUCUCCCACCAUGCCCAUUAUCAGUUGGUUUAAUUUACUACUGGCCACCAUAUUAAUAACAUUAUUCAGUCAAUUGCCCAUACAAAGAUGAUUUCGUAACUAAGAAACUCUAAGCUUCAACAGAAACUAGAACUAAGCAUUUAACGAAAUAAGCUGAUAUAUAGAAAAGAAAGAAAAAAAUUUUCAUUCUUUACAAAAUUAAAUAAAAACCGAAAAAAAUUAUGUAAUUGCAAAUAAAAAAGAACUCACAUGUUAAAAACACAACAAACCAGAAAAAAUAAUUUUCUUUUAAUUUAAGUAUUCUAAAACAGAAAAUGCACCUCCAAAAUGUUUUUUUAAUAAAAAAAUAAAAU